AUGGUAUCAGAGCCACGGCCAGGCAGUUACGCCGCCGCGGUCAUUGGCUCCGGUGAGCCUAGCCAAGGAGUCCGGCCGGCAAUGUCGAUCAACCAGUCUCCAGAACAAGCACCAUUCACGGCCAAUCCCGUUCCGCAGAGGAACAACAAUGCCGAAGACAUCGAAAAUCCACUUUAUCUCAACAUAAAUGAGAAUCCGAGUGCGAUCUUAGUCAAUCCGCCCCUGUCUGGUAGUGCUAACUACGCAUCGUGGAGCAUCUCGAUGCAGGUGGCCCUUGAAGUUAAGAACAAAUGGAGUAUAGUCGAUGGAAGUUUGACGCCGCCGGAGAGAACACAUGUCCAGUACGCUCCGUGGAAGAGAUGUAAUCUGAUUGUUUGUUCGUGGAUUCUCAGGUCCGUCAUCCCGUCAAUCGCUCAAAGCGUGAUGCAUAUGGACAAAGCCAAAGACAUCUGGAACGAUCUGCGUAGGCGAUUCUCCCAGCGCGACGCACAUCGCAUCUCCUUUCUGCAAAACAAUAUCAACAAUCUGAGGCAGGGCACUAUGUCUGUUAACGACUACUAUACUAAGUGCCGGACGCUUUGGGAGGAGAUGAAUUCUCUGAGGCCCCUCCCAGUUUGCAAAUGUGAGCCACGUUGCACUUGCGAUCUGCUCGACGAGAUCAGAAAAGAUCGAGAGAUCGAUCAAAUAAUUCGAUUUCUCCAGGGACUGAACGAUGACUAUAAUUCACUGAAGUCCGGAGUCUUGGUGCUUGAUCCGUUGCCUGAGAUGCAUAAGAAUGAUAGAGAAGAAAUUGCUGCUGCUGCCUUCAACUAUUCUAAUGGAAAAAGGGUGAUGAACACGGAGGAAGUAACAAGAACACUGCUAAGUGUACCUUUUGUGGCAUGA